AUAACAAGCUGACAGGAUGUAAGAGCAGAGCAGCAGCUGACAUCAAUGCUCAAGGCUAGGACACUGCAGUCUGCAGCAGCCAAGUGCAUUAGCCUAGCUUAAUCUUCCUGGGAUGGCAAAUAAUGAGACGUAUGUAGUUCCCCACCUCUGACUCAGUCAUCAAGCUGUCCUUGUGACGUGCACCAAGCUCCUGUGUGUCUGCCAGUCCAGGUCUGUGCUUGUUUGCAGCUGUUCACUUGACUGCUAAUUGAAACCUUUAUUCAGCCUUUGAGUGAUACUAGUUGUCUUGUGUUUGCCUCCCUUUUCUAAAAAGCAACUGAUCUUUUCAAACCUGCCUCUGAGCUGAAGAAAUAAAGCGCAAUCCUAGCUGACACCUACAUCUGCUUUGGUCAUCAUGACAGAUACCAUUUUUGGCAAUGGAACAGAUCAAUGGGUGUGCCCUAAUGACAGACAACUAGCACUUCGAGCCAAGUUGCACACCGGUUGGUCAGUUCACACCUAUCGAACGGACAAGCAAAGAAAGAAUCAAUGUUUGAACCCAACUGAAGUAGCAUCAAUCCUGGAAGUUAUCAGAAGAGCUGAAAAAGUAGACACCCUGGAGCAGCAGAGAAUUGGGCGCCUUGUGGAGAGAUUAGAAAACAUGCGGAAAAAUGUGAUGGGAAAUGGGAUGUCACAGUGUUUGCUUUGUGGAGAGCACCUUGGAUUAUUGGGAACAACUUCUGUCUUCUGUCAAGACUGUAAGAAGAAAGUCUGCACUAAAUGUGGAAUUGAAACUGUUGGCAGCCUGAAGCGACCCACAUGGCUCUGUAAAAUCUGUAGUGAGAAGAGAGAGGUCUGGAAGAGGUCCGGAGCUUGGUUUUACAAAGCCAUCCCAAAACACAUUUUGCCAUUAAAAAUCUCAAACAAAACAGGUGAAAUUCACUUAAGGAAUAUACAAGCUGAACCUCAAAUUCAAGAGCUAGGAACUGCUACAAUUAAUCGAGCAUAUACCUGGGCAAAAGGAAGAGCGGCCUUCAGUGAUAGUGAAAGUGACUCUGAAUUAAGCUCAUCAAGUUUGGAUGACAAAACGUCAACACUCGAAGAAAAAACUAGAAAUAUUAGGCUAGAUUCUGUUUCAAGCACUGAACCCACACUGACACCUACCAGCAGGAAACACUUCGGUGGCAUCCUCUCUAGUGGCUUGUCUGGCAGUCUGACUAGUCUGGGCAGUGAUCGAGGAGGUACAGUGAGUGCCUCUGAAAGUUAUCCAGGAGAACUUAUUGAAGGCUAUGAUAGCGACAUGAGCAGGAGGGGACCAGAAGAGAAGACGGCACCGCACUUGAGAAGAAGAAAUGCAGAGCGCCACCAAUUGGUGAAAUGGAGAAGAUUUGUUAUUAAAAAAAAGAGAGCAUAUAUAAUUGGAAGAUUUCAGCACUGAGUUGGUUACCUUUCCGUCACAGGUAAAUAAAAUGGAAAACACCGUGGAAAUGCAAAUUUACGACGCUAAAUUUGUGAAUAAAGAUUUGAACUCAUGUAGACCUUUCAUUUUUACAUCACUGAAGACUUUGCAACAUUAAGUGCCAUGAAUAAAUCCGCUGCAUGUCCCUGUGUCUUCUGCAGCAGCCAGGAGGAACGUUCAUUUAAGUAUUUCAUUAGGAAAUCAGUGCUUGUUAAUAAGCGCAUGUUCUCAUAAAAAAAUACAGCUUAUCAUUUUUAACGUGUUUUAAAAUAUAUUAUAAAGAUACCCUUGUCUUUUUUUGAAGUUGUAGAAGGAAUUUUUGUAUUUUAUGUUAUACCUGUAAAUUUGUGUUUUCUGAUUAGCUCACAAAAUUUGUAGCAAUUGUGUUAAAACUCUUGAAUAAAAAAAAAACAUCUUUACCUAUAGA